AUGCUUUCCCACAACUUGCGCGACUCAAAAGGCAAAGCGAUCUUCAUCUCACCCUCCCGCGCUUCGUUCCUUGCCAACCUUGUGAAGUUCGACGAUGAGUGGUUGAGGGUGCACGGAGGAGACGGGCUGGCAUGUAGCGCGUCGGCGCGGAUUGAGAACUACUAUCCACCAACACCAGCACAUCUCGUUCUUAUCCUGAACAUGCUGCACGUCUAUGGUGGGACGCUUUACCAUCCAAAGACGACGCUCCCGGAGGCACCUACUCUGCUCGUUCUGCACGAGCUGUCUGCGUUGCUGAAGCCCGCGACGUCCGAAUCUACAGUGUCCUCUUACCUGUCCCUCAUUACGCAUGCCCUGGCGGCGGUCAGGUCGCUCUCCGCGAAAGCAACAACAGAAGUCGUAAUGGCGGUCUUCGACUCUGGGCUGCAUGACCUGAAGCUUCAAUCAUCCGGCCAGUCUCUCCCUCCGGCGACGACCCCAAUGAAUCCCGGCCAUCCACAGGUCGACGGGAGCCCGUCGCGUAUUUCGUCGAAAAGUACUUCGAAUGGACGGCGAGGGUGGAAGACAAACAGUCAAUUCAUUCUACCCUCAUUAGCGAUCGGGGAGACAGAGGCUGCGCCAGAGACGCAGGCAGGCGGAGGACGGAUGCGGAUGGUGCUGCACCACACGCAGGACGAGGAUAGUGCGGCAGACGUCACGAUGGAAUGGCUUGUCGCUACGCGGGUUGCUGGGCCUCACGUAGGAGCGAGGUAUUUCACUUGGGCGUAGUACAUGUCGACAUUGCGUGGUCAAUAGUAGUAUGGAUUGAUGACGAGUGUCUUCGACAUAGUAAACCCAC